AUGCACCAAGCACUGCAAAUUGUAGCUUGGAUCGUGACCGUCUCUCUCACCCUAGCUUCCUCCACUUCUGAACCCCAGUCGACUGAUGCAGCUCUUUCCUACGAACUGGAUUGCUUCCCCAAGGUCGCUUCGCAGACACCGCUCGAUUACGAUGAUUGCGAGGAGGUCAUAAGACGAGGAUUUGAGAAUAUAUUCCCCUAUGAACAGUAUCGCCUUACUCACACAGCACGAAUGGGAAUGGACUAUAUCAAGUGUCCAUACACAUUUUCGGGUAGGCAUUGCCAGAUAUUUCUUGAUUUUGAAGAGGACGAGCUUGGAAUAACCCCAAAAAUCGAUCCAAAGGUAGUCUUAAGACGUGCCGACUCGAUCAUGAAGACUUGUGUCGCUAGUACGCAGUUCGGCUUCGGCGGAUCGAUAUUUCCUGUGGACAAUACGCAGUCUGCGACACUGUAUAUUCAAAAAUCACGUGAUGCCCUGACGAAUGACACAAAGGUCGAGGAUGGCGUGUAUGGACAAAGUGCUGGAGGUGCAAACAUUGCGUUGGCAUGA